UUUGGCGAUGGACAUACCAAGAGGUUGCUUGAUAGGUUGAAUGGAUUUGCUGAGCCUAACAGGAUCAUGGCCAUCAUGGGACCUUCUGGUUCUGGCAAAUCCACUCUUCUUGAUGCUUUGGCAGGUAGGCUUCCUGGAAAUGUUGUCAUGACAGGGAAAGUGCUUUUAAAUGGAAAGAAGAUAGUAGACCAUGGAGUUAAAGCUUAUGUGACCCAAGAAGACAUAUUGUUGGGAACACUAACAGUGAGAGAGACAAUAUCUUACUCAGCAAAACUUAGGCUUCCAAGCACAAUGACAAAAGAAGAAGUUAAUGACAUAGUGGAAGGAACAAUUAUGGAAAUGGGUCUUCAACAAUGUGCUGAUAGGCCAAUUGGGAAUUGGCACUUAAGAGGAAUAAGUGGUGGGGAAAAGAAAAGACUAAGCAUAGCACUUGAAAUCCUCACAAGACCUUCCCUUUUGUUUCUUGAUGAGCCAACCAGUGGUUUGGAUAGUGCCUCCGCAUUUUUUGUUGUUCAAACUCUGAGAAAUAUUGCUCAUGAUGGAAGAACUGUUAUUUCCUCCAUACAUCAACCUAGCAGUGAAGUUUUUGCACUCUUUGAUGAUCUUUUUCUCCUCUCUGGUGGUCAAACAGUGUUUUUCGGAGCAGCUAAAAUGGCAGUUGAGUUCUUCGCCAAAGCAGGAUUUCCAUGUCCAAGUAGAAGAAAUCCAUCAGAUCACUUCCUUCGUUGUAUCAAUGCAGAUUUUGACACAGUCACAUUGGCUAUGGUGGCUUCUCAGAAAAUGCCUGAACAAGAUAACUUAUCAACUGCAGAAAUAAAGGCAAUACUUGUUGAGAAAUACCAAUGGUCAGAAUAUGCCUCCACAGCAAGAUCAAGAAUAAAGCAAAUCUCCACCACUGGACAAGGAGAGAGUGAAAGUAAAAGCAAAAACCAAACCAAAUGGUGGAAGCAGCUUUCAACAUUGACUCAGAGGUCUUUUGUGAACAUGAGUAGAGAUGCCGGAUACUACUGGAUAAGGAUAAUAAUCUAUGUGGCCUUAUCUUUGUGUGUUGGAAUGGUAUUUUUCAAUGUUGGGACAAGUUACAGAGCAAUUUUUGCCAGAGGAUCUUGUGGAGCAUUCAUAUCUGGUUUCAUGACAUUCAUGUCCAUUGGAGGCUUCCCAUCUUUCAUAGAAGAGAUGAAGGUGUUUAAGAAAGAGAGGCUGAAUGGGUAUUAUGGAAAUGGAAUCUAUGUUCUCUCAAACUUUCUGUCUUCCCUUCCUUUCGUGAUAAUGAUGUCUUUUGCAACUGGGAUUAUAACCUUCUAUAUGGUUAAGUUUCAUCCUGGCUUCUCCCUUCUGCUCUACGGAUGCAUUGAUCUUUGUUUGUGCAUUGCUGUUGUGGAGACCGCAAUGAUGAUCAUAGCUUCACUUGUUCCAAACUUCCUCAUGGGGGUCAUCGUCGGAGCAGGAUAUGUUGGUGUUAUGAUGAUGACUUCUGGAUACUUUCGUCAGCGUCCUGAUCUUCCCAAAGUCUUCUGGCGUUAUCCAAUCCUAUACAUCAAUUUUGGGGCAUGGGGAUUACAGGGGGCUUACAAGAACGACAUGAUAGGGCUGGAGUUUGAAGCUAUGAAUCCAGGAGAGCCAAAACUGAAAGGAGAGUUCAUCCUGAGAACCAUGCUUGGCCUUGAACUUGAUCAUUCAAAAUGGUGGGACUUAGCUGCAGUGGCACUAAUCCUCAUAUCCUUCAGACUCCUCCUCUUCUUUCUUCUAAAGUUCAGAGAGUUCUCUUCACCUCUGUUUCGUAAAAUCUACACCAAGCGAACCCUGCAACGCAUCAAGAAACGUCCUUCUUUCAGAAGAGCUGCAUCUUUAUCUUUCCCUUCCAAGAGACAUCACCAACCUCUCCAUCCUUUGUCUUCUCAAGAAGGUCUCACCUCCCCAAUUCAUUAGAGCCAUCGUUGAUUAUUCACUAUUCGCCAUUAUAUAUAUAUAUAUAUAUAUAUAUAUAUAUAUAUAUGCGCGCUUAAUCAACAACUUCACAUAUAUGUCUCUGUCUCUGACAAUGGAGGUUAUGCUACGCACUACAAUGCUAUAUAUUGAAAAACAGUGUUAUUAUGUAUGGCAUUGGAUAGGAAAAGCCUCAAGGAAUGGUUACAUGAAGUUUGGCACAACUUCCCACAAAAAUUAACAUGAAAGUACUUUAUAACCUCACUUAAUUUUUAAUUAAAUUUUUAUAUUUUUUU